UUUUAUUUGUUUAAGUGUGGUGAUUGCGGCAGAUCACAUCUAUCUCUGCCGAGAGUAAAUUUAAUAUUAGUGGCCGCAUUUGAGUGUGCAACAGUUGGUGAUUGAAAGGAUCUCUCACUCCCACUCUUGUUAUAUUUUUUUCUUUAACCCUGACGAAUUACAAAUAAAAAAAAGUUUCCACUUAUAAAAAGUAGAAUUGUGAAAUAAAAACAGGAAAUAAAUAAACUGAUCUGAAGGAAGCAAAUCCUUCCAUAAAAGUUUAAAGAAGUGAAGUUCAUAGUGUAACAAAGAAAAGUCAAUUAAAUUUAAUUGUGAUGGCUCUUAAGCAAUUAGGAUUUUUAUUGCUCGUGAUAGUAACAACAAAUGCAAUUCGUGUCAAACGACAGGAUGAUAAAUCAGAAAAGAAGACGGAAGAGUCAUUCGAACAAGAAUUGUGCAAAGAUAAAGAUGCCGGUGAAUGGUUUCGAUUAGUCGCAAACGAGGGCGAUUCAUGUCGUGACGUGAUUCAAUGCACAACAUCUGGACUUCAAGCCAUUCGCUGUCCCGCUGGUCUUUUCUUUGACAUCGAGAAGCAAACGUGCGAUUGGAAAGAAGCUGUUAAAAACUGCAAAUUAAAAAACAAAGAACGUAAAGUGAAACCUCUGCUUGUGACAGAUGAACCUCUUUGUCAAGAUGGUUUCCUUGCCUGUGGCGACAGUAGUUGCAUUGAGCGUGGGCUCUUCUGUAAUGGCGAAAGAGAUUGUCCCGAUGGAUCUGAUGAAAACUCCUGUGACAUGGACAAUGAUCCAAACCGAGCCCCACCAUGCGACCCAGCAGUUUGCGUUCUCCCAGAUUGUUUCUGUUCUGAAGAUGGUACGACAGUUCCUGGAGAUUUACCAGCUAAAAGUGUUCCAAUGAUGAUUACCAUCACUUUCGAUGAUGCCAUUAACAACAACAACAUAAACUUGUACAAGGAAAUUUUCAAUGGAAAGCGAAGAAAUCCAAAUGGAUGCAACAUUAAAGCUACGUUCUUCGUCUCUCAUAAAUAUUCGAAUUACUCAGCCAUUCAGGAAGUGCACAGACAAGGCCAUGAAAUUGCAGUCCAUUCAAUCACUCACAAUGACGAUGAAAGAUUCUGGUCGAAUGCAACGGUUGACACAUGGGCAAAGGAAAUGGCUGGACAGAGAAUCAUCAUAGAGAAAUAUGCAAACAUCACUGAUAACUCUGUUGUUGGUCUCCGUGCUCCAUAUUUGCGUGUUGGUGGAAAUAAUCAAUUUACAAUGAUGGAAGAACAAGCUUUCUUGUACGAUUCCACAAUUACUGCACCACUUUCCAAUCCUCCACUUUGGCCUUACACCAUGUACUUCCGCAUGCCACAUCGCUGUCAUGGAAAUCUUCAAACGUGUCCAACAAGAAGUCAUGCCGUGUGGGAAAUGGUCAUGAACGAGUUGGAUCGUCGUGAAGAUCCAAGCAAUGAUGAAUAUCUGCCAGGUUGUGCUAUGGUUGAUUCAUGUUCAAAUAUCUUGACAGGUGAUCAAUUUUACGCUUUCUUGAACCAUAAUUUCGAGCGUCAUUACAACCAGAAUCGUGCUCCUUUGGGUCUCUAUUAUCAUGCUGCUUGGUUGAAAAACAAUCCCGAAUUCUUGGAAGCUUUCCUUUAUUGGGUUGAUGAAGUUUUGGAGAAUUAUAACGAUGUUUACUUUGUGACAAAUACACAAGUCAUCCAAUGGAUUCAAAAUCCACGGCAGGCGUCGGAAAUCAAGAACUUCGAUCCAUGGAAGGAGAAGUGUAACAUUGAUCCAUCAUCAACACCAGCAUGUUGGGUUCCUAACUCAUGUAAAUUGACAUCGAAGGAAGUUCCCGGAGAAACUUUGAAUCUUCAAACAUGUAUCCGUUGCCCUAAUAAUUAUCCAUGGCUGAAUGAUCCAACUGGUGAUGGUUUCUACUAAAUUACUUGACUUAUUACAAGCUUUUUUCAUCUUUAGCUGAUCUUUUUUCAAGCUUUCAAUUGCAUAUCUAUGUAACUUAACUUCAAUUAAAUUAUUUUUCUCUUCUAUUUGAUUCAAACUUUCUUCUAUAUUCUUUAUAAAAACAUCAAAAGAUGAAGCACAUUAAAUGACUGAAAAUCCCUCAAAUUAAUUAAUUUUAUGUUAUUUAGCUUUUCAAUCAAUCGACCAACACAAUCAAUGAAAUCAAAUCAUUUUGUACUAAUGUGCUUUUUCUUUAAUUGGACAUCACGGAAAAAGAAAACCGAAAUAAACCGAAAUAAAAGAAAAACUUUUCCCUCUUAAUGUUAAACUUUUCUCUCCCAUAAUUGUUUCUUUCCGCUUUUAGAAAAAAAGAAAACUUUUCAUUCCCUCUCGAAUCCUUAUCCCCGUGAAAAUUAUGUAAAUUUCCGCUACACAGAUUUUAAUUCAAUUAACGCCCUUUUUUCCACCAACCAACCAUUUCAAUUUUGUAUUGUUUCAUGUAAAAAAAAAAGAGAAGAAAAAUCUUCUCAACAAGUAGGAGAAUGAAAUUUAAAAAGAUUAAAUAAAUUACGAAACAAAAAAAAAAUCU